AUGCGGGCGCAGUGGCACUUCAACGUCUCUGUUUAUUUUUGGCCACAUUUCCUCUGCUGCCUGGAUGAAAUGGCUCCUUUAUUGAGAUCUGAUGCGGACUAUUUUAGGGAUAAGGCGCGGAGGGAUCUUUUGACUUUACUGGAAGGCGCCCGGGGUAAGAAGAACCUCGUCAUAAGCCAGGAACUGGCCGGACCAGUGGGCCUAUUCGUCAAGUUCUCAGUGCUCCAAGAGUAUGGCGUGGACCGGGUCUUCUUGCUAGAAAAUGCAAACAUCGACUCAUCACAACGCAAUGUCGUAUUCCUUGUUCGUGGCGAGAAAGCUCGCCACGUUCGAAUUGUGGCAGAACAAAUCAAACGCCUGCAGAAUAAUGGGAACGUUGAACAUGAGUUCUUCAUCUUCUUCACUCCAAGACGCACCCUUGUAAGCAAUGCGGUCUUGGAGGAAGCGGGAAUCACUGGCGACGUGAAUAUCGCCGAGCUUCCUCUUCAUUUUAUGCCUCUAGAACAAGAUAUCUUGUCACUAGAGCUGGAUGACUCGUUUGGAGACUUAUACUUGCACAAAGAUCCCGGAUGCAUCUUCCAUGCCGCUAAGGCUCUCAUGGGUGUCCAACAGCGUCAUGGCUAUUUCCCACGCAUCGUCGGAAAAGGCGACAAUGCCCGGCGCUUGGCAGAUCUGCUGUUGCGCAUGAGGAAAGAACUCGAUGCAGAGGAGAGCUCUGGAUUGGCUGAUCCAUCUGCACGAGGGCUGUUGCCAAGUGCGGGUGUAGAGAACUUGAUCAUCAUAGACCGUGACGUGGACUUCGGGACGGCCCUUCUCACACAGCUCACCUAUGAAGGCUUAAUUGAUGAAUAUGUCGGUAUAAAGAACAAUCAAGCAGACGUUGAUACGAGCAUUAUCGGCCCUGCUCCCACGCCACAGCCCCAGGAAUCAUCCAAGGCACCGCAGCAAGCCAAGCAGGGGCUGAAAAGAAAGAUACAGCUGGACGCCUCGGAUCAGUUGUUCAGCCAACUGCGUGAUGCAAACUUUGCAAUCGUGGGCGAUAUCCUGAAUAAGGUGGCACGCCGCUUAGAAAAUGAGUAUGAGAGUCGCCACACAGCCAAAACGACAGGCGAGCUUCGAGAGUUUGUCAACCGAUUACCAACCUACCAGCUCGAGCACCAAAGUCUUCGAACCCAUACCAACCUCGCAGAGGAAAUAAUGAGACUCACGCGCUCCGAAACCUUCCGCAAAACUUUAGAAGUCCAGCAGAAUAACGCAGCCGACUGUGCUACGGCUCCUGUGCCUGGAGUCCUGCAUGUCCGGUGGUCUCCGCCCCGCGACCUAGAGAGUUUCAAGAAACAAGUCAUCCAAGCAUACGGACACCAGCACCUCCUCACAUUCUGGGCGUUAGAGAAAAUGGAACUUCUCCAGCCUAGAUCCUCAGCCACGACGAUGCUCCUCCCUACGUCCGGCGCGCAAGCAGGAUCAAAGACGAAUUACGGGUACCUCCGCAAGAACCUCCGUCUUGUCAUCGAGGAGGUCAGCGAGAAGGAUCCGAAUGAUAUUUCUUACGUGUACAGUGGCUUCGCGCCCCUCAGUGUCCGCCUGGUUCAAUGCGUGUUACAAAAGUCUUACAUGGUAUCUUUGAUCAAGGGAGGUACGCCGGCCGCCUCGUUGAACACCGCUAAUACAACAUCGCCUGGCUGGCUUGGCUUCGAGGACGUUGUCAAGAGUGCUCGUGGUGCGACUUUCAGCAUCGUCCAGAAGGGUGAUGAUAAGGCUGUGCGGGCUCGUCAGACGCUGAGCGGUAACUCUGCUACAAAGGCCGUGUAUGUCUUUUUCUUGGGGGGUAUCACAUUUACGGAGAUCGCCGCGUUGCGCUUCAUUGCUGCGCAAGAGGCUCCACGGAGGAAGAUUAUGAUCUGCACCACGAGUAUCAUUAGUGGCGAUCGGAUGAUGGAGGCGGCUAUCGAGAAGGGUAGCUUUGCCAAGGCGGAGUAA